AAGUGAAAGUGUUUUGCACUAAAGUUUGCAGCUCGUCAAACACAGAAAGGUGAUCGCCAACAAGUCGCCAUGGUUAAAGUGUGGACGUUUAUUGUUCACUUUUAUCUAUUAGCAGGUGUGCAGGGUGUCCAUCGGAUAUCAUGGCUUACCUGUCGCUUUACUGAUGAACAAGUAGCUGUGAACCAGGAAGGACAUGUGGAGACACAUCUCAUUCCAAGACAGGCAAUGUUGCAGUUUGGUGAAAAGGGGGACCCUCCUAUUAAUCCAGAUGCCAUCACCUUCCUGCUCACAGCAUCCAAAUUGGACCUCCGGCGAUAUGUUGAGGGUGUGGAACCGGAGGACCUGGAGUGUGAACUUCGCAGGUACAGCACCGAGGGCAUCCACGUCCGCUGGCCUGUCCAGGGAGCGCUGGGGUACAACCGCUGGUUCAGCUGCACCCUCAAACACAGCAAGGGCGUCUUCACGGUCACCGGCUUCCUACGACACCCGUCUGACCAGGGUCCCCCGGGACAGCAGGACUACCGCAGCUGGCCGGCUAUUUCUGACAGAGAGCUUCUUCCAACGACAGUUGCCAUGGUGAUCAAAACCCAGACUCCAGUAGUGAACGCCCGCCUGAGGUCGGAGCAAAAGCUCCACUGCCAGUUUGCCGUUGAUCACCGCGGGCCGAACGUGACGCUGGAGUGGCACCGGCAGCACCGCGGAGAGAGGUCCAGGCUCUUCAGCCACGUCAGCCGCUCAGGGCAGACCCACGGCUCCGGUGUGGCGCUGAAAGGCCUGGCGGGAGGAGACGCCUCGUACACGCUGCCUUUCACCAAGAUGAUCAGCGAAGGAACCUACAUUUGCUCCGUGUCUGUCGUUCCACUGUUUGCCAGUCUGGACGUCAAUCUGCACAUUGAAGAGCCGCCCCGGGUUUCUCUCAACGUGGGUCCCACUCUGGUGAUGGAGGAGGGGAAGGAGCAGAAGAUCAUGUGUGAGGCAGAGAGCUACUAUCCUCUGGAUGUGGACAUUACGUGGUAUGAGCAGGACCCGCGAGCGUCGCGUCAGCGGGUCGGUGCGCCGCUUCCCGUGAUGCUGGAGAAUAUCCUGAUGUCCAGCCACAAACACAACACGGACAGCACCUUCUCCGUGGCGGCUUUCUUUUACCUGCAGGCGUCUCUGAAGUCUUCGGGGAGGCAGUUUACGUGCAGCGUCACCCAUCAGUCCUUGAGAGUGCCCAUCAGGCAGAGCUUCAUCCUGGAGGUUGAAGAGCCAUCCAGUUGGAUGUUGAACCUCGCUCUUGUCUUCUUGGUGUUCAUACUGUUGGCAAUUCUGGCUGUGAUGCUGCCUCGCCUGAACUCAGUCCAGAAGAUGGAUGAUUGUGUGGAGAAAGAGGAGGAGAGACCAGAGUCUCCAGGAUCCAUCUGUCUCUCUAUGAAGAGUGACCAUUCCAAAUAUGAACCCCCAGACUUCAGUAAAGAACCUGGACCUUCAGACACAAAAAGUCAGUACUGCAGUCAGAGACCAGAGUCUCCAGGAUCCAUCUGUCUGUCUAUGAAGAGUGACCAUUCCAAAUAUGAACCUCCAGGCUUCAGUAAUGAACCUGGACCCUCAGACACAAGAGGUCGUUACUUCAGAAGAGCGAAUUCUGCAGCCUCCAGUUGUCGGUCUACGAAGAGUGACGUCUCCAAAGAUCCACCUGAAAACUUCAACAAUGAACCUGCUCCAAUGAAACGGAGCUCCUACCAGUCGGCUUCAUCGGAAAAUCUGGGAUAUGGAAAAAGAUCCAGAGCAAGCUUUCCACAAGGUGAGACCGUCCAUCAGUCUGAAGAGUCGUAG